AAAUUCAUACCAAACCAAUUGUUAUUAAAAAUUUUAAACAACAUUAGUAGAAAGAAGAAAUCAAGAUCAAGAUGAAGAUCAACCCUCAAGGACCAAGGUGCAUCCAGACUGUCCAUUUCCAUGCCAUGUAUCAUAUGAUAUGAUAUGAAUAGGCAGUGGCACUAAAUUGCCAACCCUGGUCCACUCAUUACUGUCAUCAACAUCACCACAAUACCACUAAAUCAUUCAUUCCUACUUAGUAUUCACUUCUCAAUCCCUAGCUGUAUUUCCCCAAAUCCCUCUUUUAUCUGUUAGGGUUAAAAUCUGGUAGAUAUCCGAUUAGAUCGGGGUAAAAAGAUUGAUUCUUGAUUGAAUUAUGUAGUGUUAAUUUUGUGGGAAAUGAAGUAAAAGAUUGUUUAGUUUCUUUAAAGUGAAAAGGGUAAACAAAGAUUGGAUUUUGAUGAAGAUGAAGAUUAAUAUAAGAAAACCAGUUUUGUGUUUGCUUUUUGUGACUGUUGUUUCUCCUAUUCUUCUGUACACCGACAAACUUGGAACUUUUUUUCCUUCUUCAACUCUGGAACAAUUAGAUGGUGAAGAAGAAAUUCCUGCUUUUGAUUUUACUGGUCAUACAAGCCAACUUAAUGUGCUUCCUCAGGAAACUGUAAUGUUUGUCAAGGAUUCUGAUGUUAAUGAUUCUCCUAAAGUCAAACCCUUAAUGCAAGGUAGCAAGGUAGUAGAAGUAGAACCUGUUGAGGUAGAGCAUAAAAACCGAGUAUUAUCGACAACUACGACAAGCACUAGUAAUGAUGCAGUUGAUUUUGAAAACCGUAUACGACAAGUUACGGAUGGGAAUGGGAUGAAAGGAGUCCGUGUCUCGCAGAUAGAUGAAGGCGGAGCUCUCGAUACCAUUGCUGAUGUAGAUGCUUCCAAGAAUGUGGAGAAAAAACGCUUGCAGCAAUCUGACGGAGCUGGCAACGUUGGUGCAAAAGAAAUUCCUAAUCGAGGACCUAGAAAUGAGAAGAAUAGUAACAUCCAAGCUGGCAGCGUCGUUAAUUCCCAGGUUCGGUAUCUGAAAGAUCAGUUGAUCAGGGGAAAGGUCUACCUUUCCCUUUCAGCGACAAGAAACAAUGCUCAUUUUAUCAGGGAGCUUCGACAAAGAAUAAAGGAAGUCCAGAGGGCUCUUGGUGAUGCAACAAAGGAUUCGGAACUUCCUAGGAAUGCCGUUGAGAAAAUGAAAGCGAUGGAUCAGACAUUGGCCAAGGGCAAACAAAUUCAAGAUGAUUGUGCAGCUAUGGUGAAGAAGCUCCGUGCUAUCCUUCACUCAUCGGAAGAGCAGCUGCGUGUUCACAGAAAGCAAACCAUGUUUUUGACUCAAUUAACUGCAAAAACACUUCCAAAGGGCCUUCACUGUCUUCCGUUGCGACUUUCGACUGAAUUCUACGCCUUGAAUGACUCUCAACAGCAGUUACCUUAUCAAGAAAAGUUGGAUGACCCCCAGCUAUAUCACUAUGCGUUAUUCAGUGACAACGUUUUGGCAGCUGCGGUGGUUGUAAAUUCAACCGUUACCCACGCCAAGGACCCAUCAAGACACGUUUUCCACAUUGUAACGGAUAGACUCAACUAUGCAGCGAUGAAGAUGUGGUUCUUAGUAAAUCCACCGAAUAAAGCUACCAUUAACGUCCAAAGUGUCGAAGAAUUUACAUGGUUGAAUUCAAGUUACAGUCCAGUCCUGAAGCAAUUGGGUUCUCAAUCCAUGAUAGACUACUACUUCAAAAGCAACCGUGCUUCAUCAGACGCAAAUUUGAAAUUCCGCAACCCCAAAUAUUUGUCCGUUCUCAACCAUCUUCGAUUUUACCUGCCAGAGAUAUUCCCCAAGUUGACAAAAGUUCUGUUUUUAGAUGAUGAUAUAGUGGUUCAGAAGGAUCUUAGCAGGCUUUGGUCAGUCGAUCUAAAAGGGAAUGUGAAUGGUGCUGUUGAAACGUGCGGGGAGACGUUCCAUCGGUUCGACCGAUAUCUUAAUUUCUCAAACCCUCUUAUUUCGAAAAAUUUUGACCCGCGGGCUUGUGGAUGGGCCUAUGGAAUGAACAUCUUUGAUUUGAAAGAGUGGAAGAAACAAAACAUCACCGAGGUGUACCACUCUUGGCAAAAGCUGAAUCAUGAUCGGCAGUUAUGGAAGCUCGGAACUUUGCCUCCGGGUCUCAUUACAUUUUGGAAACGGACCUUCCCUCUAGAUCGAUCAUGGCAUGUGCUUGGUCUAGGCUAUAAUCCCAGUGUCAAUUCGAGGGACAUUGAACGAGCUGCCGUUAUACAUUACAAUGGCAACAUGAAACCAUGGCUUGAGAUUGGGAUACCCAAGUACCGAGGCUACUGGUCAAAAUACAUCGACUAUGAUCAGGUAUAUUUGCGAGAGUGCAACAUCAAUCCUUAAGCGGCAUGUGCCUUCCUUGGUCUUGCGGGCUUGUAUUCUAAACUCUCGGCCCGCUGUUUUGCUACUAGUCUUUAGAGAACGUAUUUUUGAAUAUCGUGUUAAAUCGCAAUUCAUCAAUUUAGUUGUUGUAUGUAGUACGUAUCGCAAACGAACAACUUAUGGUAAAUACAUUCUUUUGUACCUUUUGUGACUAGACUACCGAUGUUAUUGUAAAUGAUCUAUUUGUUCGAACAAUGCAAGGGCGUAGGAUGAGUUAUGAUUUAUGAUUGUAGUUUACGAGUGUAGAUAGAUACUUUAUGAUUCGAACUCCAUAGCCGUGUUUGAAUUAUUUGUUACUUG